AUGUACCAUUCGCCAGGCUCUAUUAUAACCACAGCGUCAAUAUGCGAAGUAUCCAUAGGCGUCGGGGCGUCAUCUGUGAUCCCCCCAUGCCUCCCAGCAAGUGCCGGUAGCAGCGUACAACUGAGUUUCAACUCGAAAGUUGGCGCAGCUUUGGUCCUCCCUCAAGGAGCCUCACGCGAAAACUUGCUGCCCGAAUCCCAUUUCCGCGAAUUCGUCCGCCAUCACGCUGAGGACUGGUACAAUUUUGCAGAAGCAUCGGGCUAUCUGGGAGGAGCAGAUACCGACGCGGGGGAGGACCUCUUUGUGGUUACGGGUUGCGACAAGACGUCCUCAUGGGGUAUAGCGACCGCGUCAAGCCUGAGCACAACCGUUGGGUUCUCGCUCAAGCUGGAGUUGGUGGGGUUGGUGGAAGGGAAGCUGGAGCCCAGGUUUGAGUGGCAUCGAAUCACUACAUCAGCUGUUCGGCUGUCGUCCAGUAAGGCGGACGACCUGCAAAACCAGUGUGUUUUCGUCCUAGGUUUCACUAUCCCAAAACAGCGCCGGGGAUCAUGGUGGAAGUAUGCGUUGAACAGAGUUGGAAGGCCAGCGACGCCAACGUUGUCGACCCGUCAUCAGAGGCAAGCGGUAUCCCCAGUGGAGGCAGACGGAUCUGCAUUCACGCAAGUCAAUAGAGGGAACUCAUGA